AUUUGCACUUUCAACAAGGGCAAUAUUGUCACUUUUUUUUUUUUGUCCGUGUAUACAAACCGUUUUAGAAACAGCAAAAUAUUCCGCGAAAUAUUCAAUAAUAAUUUAACAAACCCUGUAAUUUUGUUUAUAAUAUAAAAUACGUAGAAUCGAUAACAAAAUUAUGCAUCAAUAAAUAUUGAUAUUAAAUAUUUUAAUACAAAAUAUGAAUUCAGUUAUGCGUUUACGAUCGAAUAAUUUACUAAUGGGUGACGAAUAUACAAGAUUUUUAUUUAAAUUGGCUAGUGAUGUAUGGAACCGAAACAAUGGAAAAGUCAAUGGUGUUGAAGGAAAAACUCCAUUCCUUAUUGGUGUUGCAGGGGGUACUGCAAGUGGAAAGUCAACAGUAUGUAAACGAAUUAUGGAAAAGUUAGGCCAAGUUGAUAUGGACAAUGCAAAACGACAAGUUGUGUGUAUUUCACAAGACAGUUUUUAUCGUGAAUUAACUGCAAUUGAGAAGCAAAAAGCUGAAAAAGGACAGUUUAAUUUUGAUCAUCCCGAUGCAUUCAAUGAUGAAUUAAUUUUAUCCACGUUGGAAGAUAUUCUUGCUGGCAAGAAAUGUGAAAUUCCUGGAUAUGAUUAUCGUUCAAAUUCCGUAUGCCGAGAUCAAGUAACUACAAUUUAUCCGGCUGAUGUUGUUUUAUUUGAAGGAAUUCUAGUCUUUUAUUUUCCUAAAGUUCGUGAUUUAUUUCAUAUGAAAUUAUUUGUUGAUACUGAUUCUGAUACUCGUUUAGCAAGAAGAGUUCCACGAGAUAUUAAUGAACGAGGCCGUGAUUUAGAUCAAGUUUUGAAUCAAUAUAUGAAUUUUGUCAAGCCAGCGUUUGAAGAAUUUUGUUUUCCUACUAAAAAAUUUGCUGAUGUGAUAAUACCUAGAGGUGCUGAUAAUACAGUUGCCAUCGAUUUAAUUGUACAACACAUACGCGAUUUCUUAAAUAAUCGUGUGAAGAUGAAUGGUAUAUCACCACCAACAACACCUAGACAUAAUGUUGCAGCAUUUGAAACACCAAGUCCUGGACGAUCACCACAACAUCAUCAAUUGGCACGACGUGUUAAUUCAGCUGAUGCACAAUUUUCAAGACCUCAUUAAAAGUAGACAAUAACUUUUAAAAUAUAAAAAAAGAUAGUCAAAUGUUUUUAAUACUUCAAAAUAAUAUAUGAACAAAUAGUUUUUAAAACUUAAACAAGUACAAUUUCCUCUUGCAUAAUUCACUCACAAACUAUAUUUUAUAACUAUAUUUACCAUCUUCUGCUUAGUACGUAAAUCAAAGCAAAAAAAGAUUUUAUAAAGCGUUCAAAAUGUGCACCCAUGGCUAAGUAUAGUUUUCAAGUUGUAAAAAUGCUAACUUUCUAUUAAGCUAGCCAAAAAAAUUCCCUAACCAAAGGUCCAUUCUAGUAACCACUAUUACAUAAGCAUCCCAUAAACGUCCAACUUACCAAAUCACAUCGAAUAGUUCGUUCAUCACAGAUCGAACCUAGUCAGGACAACUAUUAGGGCUGCUCAAUAAAUGGUUUUUAAUCCACUCAUUUUAGUCAAAAAAAGACGUCAACCUCGGAAUCUAACGGAAUAAGUUGAAUAUUUGUAUAAACCUUGUGGGGUUUGGGGUACCAUCAUCAAAUUUAUUUAUUGCGUAUGCUUAGAGAGAGAAAUUGUAUAAAAAAUAGAACAUUAAUUUAAAACCCAGCUCUGAAUGUUCUUGUCAUUUAUAAACUUUAAAUUCAAUGCACAUAUUUUUUAAUUUAAAAAUGUAAGUAGCCAGUGAAUUAAUUAUGAUCAAAUAAAGUACUCCCACACAAAACUUCUUUAGACAUAUAUAAGGCACUUGUCUUGAGUACAAUAAAAUGAAGCAAUGCCCAAUUUUUCAGGGCCUUCCACAUUAAAAUUGAAAAUGGGUAUAAUAUGCCUAAAUAAUCUUUGUGUCAAAAAUCAGUUCAAUAACGAGUUUAUAGGUCAAAAAUAUUGAUUCAUUGGUUUGCCUUUUUGGCCAUAGUUGUUACGGUGAUUCUAAUAUGUAAGACAAUAACAGAAACACCAAGAAUUUAGAAUUUAUUGUAAAGUUUAAAAUUUGAAAUCGAAAUGGAGAUAUUUAUUAUGCAUAUCUUAAGACUUUUGGGUCCAAUCUCCUACUAUUUGUAAGUACAAAACAUUUUUAUGGAGAUUUAUAAGUAUGAUAUUCAAAAUUAAUACUCCAUAAAAUUUUUUCAAUUCAAAUAAUUUAUUGGAUUUGCCAAAUCGAAUGUUUGGAUGGA